AUCAUACACUAAUGUUAAAACUUCGUCAAUUAAAAGAAAAGCAAAAGGCCCAAGCAGCAGCGGAAGGCCAUAACAAUUCAUCUACUCCGACAACAAGUAUAUCUGCUGCCCAACUAAGACUUCAGAAAGACAUCACCGAACUUGACUUACCUCAUACCAUAAAAGUUCAAUUUCCAGACCCCAGCAAUUUUUUCACCUUCAACUUGACCAUAACUCCACAACAAGGCUACUACCGACUGGGCCAUUUCCAUUUCAAAGUUGAUAUCAAUAACAACUUCCCUAUUGAUCCUCCUAAAAUCAAAUGUUUAAAUAAAAUCUACCACCCAAACAUUGAUCUCGAAGGGAAUAUCUGUUUGAAUAUCCUUAGAGAAGAUUGGUCUCCAGUUCUCAGUUUAAGUCAAGUAUUGAUGGGUUUGAAUUUCUUGUUGCUUGAACCUAAUGCUAAUGAUCCAUUGAAUAAACAAGCAGCAAAUGUGUUGGCCAAGGAUCCCCGGCAAUUUGAACGCAAUGUCUAUAAUUCAAUGAGAGGAGGAUAUAUUGAUCUGGUGUAUUUUGAUAACGUCAUGAAAAAAUAGAAUUACAUAUUAUUACAUAGAGAAAGUGCCAUUCCCGCUUCUAUUUAUAGUAGUGUAGUUUUCUUCUUCAACUCCAUACGCGGACAGAAUUAUCAACUGCCCCGGUCACGAAUAUACAUCGCAUUCUCAGUUGAACAUCUUUAAGCAAGUUGUCAUAGACGGCUUCCUCGUCUUCUUCUUCUUCCUCCUCCUCCUCCUUUUCUGUUUUUCCAUUUUGUACUGCUUCAACCUUGGUUAGUUGUGCAAAAUCAAUACUAUUGAUAAAUCCAUCAUGUCCCAUUAAACUACCAACUUCGGGAUUGUUCAAUCUCAGCAAGUCCCAGAUCUUCACUGUCUUAUCGUCACUGCCACUGAAUACAAAUCUACCAUUUGGAUGUAUACAUAAUGACUUGACCCAUGAAGAAUGUCCCGCGAAUUGUGCCACCAACCAAGCUUGUGAAUUGUUAUACUUACUAGGAAGUGGAUGACGAUGAGGCACUAUAACUGGAGGAGGGAGUAACCAUACCUUAAUAGUAUUAUCUCGACUUCCAGUAAUACAAUACUUGUACCCUAACACCUUGUAGAUUGGAUCAUUGACCAAUUCUUGUGGUAUGCUAGGGAACAAAUCCUCAUUUUUGGUGAUAUAUUUGUCAAGAAGGAAGUUUGACAAACUAGGCAAAAAUUUACAAGUUUCUACAACAUGUGUGUGUCCCACAAUUAAACAUAACCCUGUUCCUGAACUUGCAUGGGACAAUCUUGUACUUUGAUCGUUGGAACAGGUCAAAAUGAAAUCUCCAUGCUGUGAAACUUGACUGACAUCUAUAUCUCUAACCCAUUCACUAUGCCCGAUGAAUGUCUUGAUGCAAUUUCCUUGAGUUAAAUCCCAUAUUUUAACGGACUUAUCUCGAGAUACCGAAUAUAGUAUAUUACUAUCACUAUGUGAAAAUGCCACUGCGCUUACUGUAUGAUCAUGUCCAGUAAGUGUUCGUAUAUGCUUAUAACUACCACUAUCCCAUAUCUUAAUACUCAAAUCAGAAGAACAUGUAGCAAAAACAUACAGUUUCCCCAACACCACUUCGUUUGAAAACGCGAGCAGGUUAAUAUUUCGAGAAUGACCACGAAUAAUCUUGUCAGGAAUCAUAUCCCCCGUAGCCAAACUCCAAACAUACACUGAUCCAUCGGAACAUCCACAAUACACGUUUCCCAACACCGGAUGAAUCUUCACCGAUGUCACCAAUACAUUGUUGGUCAAAUAAGUUGUCUUCACCACUUUAGGCAACCAGUUAAUCCGAUCCUGCCCCAAUACCACGGCAUUGGCGUUCAGCAUAUCAAUAGCCAGUCGCAAAUUGGAUACUUCGUGUUCCAAAUCUAGGAUUUUCUUUUGUAAUCGUAGCACGGUGGCCCAUUUCUUCUCAAGGUAUUGAUCAACAAUUUCGUCGUCGUUAGUAGUAAGCAAAGGGGUUAAUUGGGAUAGGAGUUCUGGAGGCGCAAUUGGCGUGAGGUAUUGAAUUAUCGCCUUGUCGAGCUCGGCCUGUUGUCGAGCCGUAAGGAUUGUUGAUUUCAUGAGGGGUGGGCGGUGAUGCUAUGGUGUCUAAUGGC